CUUUAAGAUACAAGACCAAGACACAACCAAUAGGAAAAUACUUUACUCUCUGGCUUCUUUUACCUCUCACCACCAUCCAUCACUCGCUUCCCCUUCCAUCAUGGGAGACCCUGGAAUGGCAAAGAAGUUCAAUACGCAUCUAACAGACUACUCCGUCCGGCAUUUGGAGAAGACGGGACCAUAUGCCGAUAAUCUCGAUGUUGAUGCCAUUAUCGUUGGUGCUGGAUUUGCGGGCAUUUUCAUGCUCAAAACGCUUCGCGACCGAGGCUACAAAGUCGUUGUCUUCGAGGCCGGCAACGACCUUGGCGGCACCUGGCGCUGGAACUGCUACCCCGGAGCCGGGGUUGACUCUGAGGUGCCCGAGUACGAGUUCUCGUGGCCAGAAGUCUGGAAGACGUGGAACUGGAGGAGCAACUACCCAACAUACAAGGACCUUCGCGCAUAUUUUGACCACGUCGACAAGGUCCUCAGCAUCAAGAAGGACUGUGCCUUUAACACAGUCGUCGUGGGCGGCAAGUUUGACACACAGCAAGGCAAAUGGACCAUCCAAACCGAGGACGGGAGGAUCUCCAAGGCCAAAACCCUCGUUCUCGGCACCGGCUUUGCUGCCCGCCGCUACAUUCCCGACUGGCCAGGGAUGGACGAGUUCCAAGGCGAACUGCACCAUUCGUCCUUCUGGCCCGACGACGACCACCCCAUCCCCGUCACGGACAAGCGGUGCGCCGUGAUCGGCACCGGCGCCUCGGGCGUGCAGAUCGUGCAGGCUUGGGGCCCAACAGCAGGCUCGACGACCGUGUUCCAGCGCACUCCGAACCUGGCCUUGCCGAUGCGGCGUCGGCGCCUGACCAUCGAGGACCAGGACGCCCGCAAGCGCUCCUACGGCGAGCUGUUCAGGUACCGCGAGACGUGCUUUGCAGGGUUCCACUACGACUGGAUCGAGCGCAACACGUUUGACGACACGGCGGAGCAGCGUGAGGAGGUAUACGAGCGGGUCUGGCGCGAGGGCGGGUUUCGGUACUGGGUUGGGCUGUACAAGGAUAAUCUGCGCAAUGCAGAUGCCAAUAGGGAAUCGUAUAGGUUUUGGGCAAGGAAGACGAGGGCAAGGAUUGAGGAUCCUGUCAAGAAGGACUUGUUGGCGCCCAAGGACAUGCCGCACUUUUUUGGCGUCAAGAGGCCCUGUCUGGAGUAUGACUAUUAUGAGCAGUUCAAUCGAGAAAACGUCCAUUUGGUGGAUAUCAAGGAGAACCAGAUUGAGCGGUUCACCAGAACUGGGAUUAUGUUGAGGGACGGGACUCAUCACGAGUUUGAUGUCAUUGCAGUGGCUACGGGGUUUGUAAGUGCUGCCAGCUUGUGUUGUCUCCUUAUGCUGGAUGCCAGACGCAAGUUGACUGACUUGACUGCAUGCAACCAGGAUAUUGUGACCGGAGUAAUGACCCAGCUCGGCCUCGAAAGCAUCACGGGCGAGAAGCUGGCCGACCAGUGGCGAGACGGCGCCAAGACAUACCUCGGCAUGACGGUCAGCGGCUACCCCAACAUGUUCCACAUAUACGGACCGCAGGGCCCAACGCUGCUCAGCAACGGACCGUCGACGGUCGAGGUGCAGGGCCGUUGGAUCGCCGACAUGAUGGACAAGAUGUCGCGCGGCGGCAUCAGGUACGUGAACCCAAAGCCCGAGGCCGCAGACGCCUACAAGAAGAAGAUUGUCGAGCUCAACGACCGCACCCUCUUCCCAACUACGAGAUCCACGUACAUGGGAGGAAGCAUCCCCGGCAAGGUCUACGAGCCUGUUUGUUGGGCGGGCGGCAUCCCGGCGUAUAAGCAGGAGAUACGGGCGGCUUUGGAUCGGAUGGAUGGGUUUGAAAUUGUCAAGGGCUGA